UUCGACUAUGUCCCGGACGGAACUACAGCCCUGUGGCGCGACUGACCAGUUCCGCUCGGCUACAGAAUCAACACUGGAGCCCUACUCCCUCAUCAGUGCUGCACUAGGUGAACAUGGAGGUGUGCUGUAAGUUUCUCCUGAUCUCCAGUAAAGAGGUGCAGCAGAAGAUCCAGCUCUGAUCAGCAGAUCCUCUGUACUCAGACUGCCCUGCUGGAGAAACAUCAUCAGCUCACCUGCUGCAGAAAUAAGUGCUGAAGAACAUGGCAUCCAGAGAAAUCUCCAGUACUCAGCAAAUUUCCUUUCCUGCACCUUACAGACAAAUGCAAAAAACUCAUCUCUGCUCAGACUGUGGGAAGAGCUUCAACCAUCCAAGUAAUCUCCAACAACACCGGCGCAUUCAUCUAGGAGUAAAACUUUAUCAGUGCUCAGACUGUGGAAGGAGUUUUAAUCAUAAGAGUACUUUCAACUCACACCGGCGUAUUCACACUGGCGAGAAACCAUAUCAAUGUACAGACUGUGGGAAGAGUUUCAAUCAACAGGUUACACUUCAACAACACCAGCGCAUUCACACUGGAGAAAAGCCAUAUCAGUGUUUGGAGUGUGGGAAGAGCUUUAAUCAACAGGUUAUACUGCAACAACAUCAGCACAUUCAUACUGGAGAAAAAUCGUAUCACUGUACAGAGUGUGGAAAAGGUUUUAAUCGACGGAGUACUCUGCAUCGACACCAGCGCAUUCACACUGGAGAGAAACCAUAUUACUGCUCAGAGUGUGGGAAGAGUUUUACUCAUCAGAUUUCACUCCAGAGACACCAGAGUAUUCACACUGGAGAGAAACCGUAUCAUUGCUCUGACUGUGAGAAGAGCUUUAGGCAUUUAAACACAUUUAAGAAACACAAGUGCAUUAGGAGCAGUCAUGGAAGUAUGCAGUUACAUCUGUAAAUCCAUUUUCCAUGUCCCAACCCAGAUUUCAAAACAUGGACAAUAAAAGCCAAAAAGAUCCUGAUGCAACAGGAUUCUUAUUCCUAGCAUAUAAACAGUUUCUUAUUCCUAGCAAUUAAACAAAUAUACAGCAUACAGGCCAUACACAGUAGAUUUAUCUCAAACCAUAAGGUAGGUCAUUGUGCUCAGUCUGUCAGUAAAGCUCCAUUCAUAAGAUACAUGGAUUGGACAAUGAAACUGAAACACCUGUCAUUUUAAUGUGUGAGGAUUCAUGGCUAAUUUGGACCAGCCUGAUGGACAAUCUUCAUUAUUUGCACAUUGAACCAGUAAGAACAGAGUGUUAAGGUUCAAUUAGCAGGGUAAGAGCGCAGUUUUGCUCAAAAUAUUGCAAUGCAUACAACAUUAUGGGUGACAUACCAGAGUUCAAAGGAGGAUAAAUUGGACAAAUUGUUGGUGCACGUCUUUCUGCUGCAGGAUUAACUGUGGACGCAAGAGAAAGCUGUUUGAACGGGAUGUUCGGGUGCUAACAAAAAAAAACAUAAAACCACGGUUGCCCAAAUCACGGCAGAAUUCAAUGUGCACCUCAACUCUCCUGUUUCCACCAGAACUGUCUGUCGGGACAAUAAAUUAUUGUGGCCUAAAACAUGGUGUUUCAGUUUCAUUGUCCAAUCCCUGUAUGUUGAAUCAGAAGACUUCCAAAAGGUCAGCUUUCCAUUGUUACAUCUUUAUUUCCCAGUAAUAUACAUUUCUGUUAGUAUGUAUUCAUCUAAAAGAGUAUUGAAAUCAAUUGUGUUUGGUCUCGUUCUGUUGGUUGGUGCUGUUCUUUGACAUCAGCUGACCUGGCAAUGUUUACAAUUAUCUACUUGUAAAAUGAUAUAGCUGACAGUAAAACAUCUUAUUUCAAAUCGA